AACUUUCACCCCUCCAACUGGUUUAUUGUUUUGAUUUAACAGGUUGUCUAUUCGUGUGAAUUGUAGCAAGUGGCUGGACGGAAAGAAAACAAUAAAACAAGUAGUAGCUAAUAGCUACUCUUGAGGAUUUACUUAAACGCGUACAGACGAUGUAGCUAGCUAAAUAAUGACCGUGUCGACCAGAUACCGGCGUUGUUGUUGACAAAGAUGCCUUCUUCAAUAUAAGCUAACGUUAGCUAUCUGAGUAACGUAGCGUACGUAGCUUCAGUAACAACAUGACGACGAGGAGGAGCGGUGUGUAGGAGCGACCGACCAGACAUCGGAUCGGCGGAUUUCCUGCUUGUCAAUCACUGAUUUCCAGGAUUCUCCUGUCUUUGUGUCUGGAUAGCCUCAAAACGGCUUUCUCAACCAAACAAACUGGUUACAUUUAACCGACAAGUUAUCUUCGAAGAGUUUUGGACAUUUGCAUCACUUUCUUUCAAUGGGUGAGGAAAAGCCGGACACGCUUGACUUUGUGAAGGAUUUCCAGGAGUAUCUGAGCCAGCAGACUCAACAUGUCAACAUGAUAUCAGGCUCUGUCAGCGGCGUCAAGGAGGCGGACGAACUGCCACCAGACUGCAGUCAGAAUGGACUGGAUCACCCCUCAGUGGACAUGUCACUGGAGGACAGCUCAGGGAUCUUGGUGGAUGGUUUUGAGAGGACCUAUGACGGCAAGCUUAAAUGUCGCUACUGCAACUAUGCCACCAGAGGCACAGCAAGACUCAUUGAGCACAUCCGAAUUCACACAGGAGAGAAACCUCACCGCUGUCACCUCUGCCCAUUUGCUUCGGCCUAUGAGCGCCACCUGGAGGCCCACAUGCGAUCACACACAGGAGAGAAGCCUUAUAAGUGUGAGCUCUGCUCCUUUCGCUGCAGUGAUCGUAGUAACUUGUCGCACCAUCGGCGUCGACGCCACAAACUCCUUCCAAUGAAAGGUGCUCGCUCACUUUCCCACAAGAAGAUGCUGAGUGUUUUACAGAAGAAAGCCAGCUCACUGGGCUAUGGCCGCCGACUGCUCAUCAACUUCAGCCCCCCUUCUAUGGUGGUGCACAAGGCUGACAAUGUGAACGACUUCUCCCAUGAGCUGCCCCACUUACGUCAGGAGACAUAUGAUAAUCAGAGUCACGCAGUCGAGGACGGGCACUCCACAAAUCAAAAUCACCAUGAUAUGGUUAUGGAUAACCCCCUUAACCAGCUGUCCACCUUGGCAGGCCAGUUGGCCAGCCUCCCUUCAGAGUCCCAUGCCCAGACUCAACCCCCCAUGUCUCCAGGAGCAGAGUCUAUAGUUGAUGAGAAGCCCUUCCUCAUCCAGCAGCCCCACCCUGCCACAGCUCCCGUGGCUGUCACCAGCAUGGCCCAUGCCUCCUCCUCUUCCCCAAUCACCCCGGAGCCCCGGGCUCCUCCCCACAGCAAUUGCAGCCCAGGAGGGGGACCCUGCAGCGAGCACAGUGGGCGCACCAGUACCCCUAGUAUCUCUAACAGCCAACCCAGUACACCGGCCCCAGGCCUGUCUGUCCCACUCCAAGACCCCCACAUGCUGCAUCACUGCCAGCACUGUGACAUCUUCUUCCCCGACAACAUCCUCUACACCAUUCACAUGGGCUGCCAUGGCUACGAGAACCCAUUCCAGUGCAACAUCUGCGGUCACAAGUGCAAGAGCAAGUACGACUUUGCCUGCCACUUUGCCCGCGGCCAGCACAAGUAAUGGAUGAACGAGGAAAACUUUGAAAGAACUUUUAACGGACAGCCUUGUUUUAUUAAUUCCAUAGUAAUUUUAUUUAUUGGUCUUUUACUUGGCCUUUAUGUAGCCUAGCCUUUGAAAGUUGUACUUAUAAAAUGUCAACAUUCAGAUGGUUUCAUUUUGUAUAAUUACAGGUGCCCAUUCAAGUGUAUUAUAAAGGGAUGAUCAGUGUUUUCAGCAGGUUGAGAAUUUAUUUGUGGUGGAGGAGAGAGUUACAUUCACAUGCUGCCAUAAAUCAGAAAAACAACUUUCCUACUUAGCCAAACUAAUAACCCUUAUUUAAUGUAGUAGGUUACCAAAUUCACAAUGCCUUUUGAAUUUUUAAAAAUACAUAGCUUGAAGAUGUAAUAGUGUUCUUAUGUCAAAGCUUCUCUUCAGUAUGUGAGCUCAACCUUUUUAAAUCUGUCUUUUAAAUGCAACACCAAGGUAACUCUGACAAUAAUGGCUUUCAUUGUACCUAUCUAAAGCAUAAUUAAAUGGGUACCAUUUUAUACAGUUUAUAUGGCCUCAUAUCAGGCUGAAAAAUACAAAAUGCAAAAAGAGAAGAAACAAAAUAAAUUCUCAACCCUCCUGGAGCUAUAUGUAAAGAUUGCUCUGAUGUUACUGAAACAGGAGUGAAACUGUUGGCCAAGAGUGAUCUUACUUAAGCCUUGUUGAAAUUAUUUCAGCUUGGUGCAUUACUACUUUUUAUUUGCAGUGCCUGACAUAGUCACUUUCUUAUGUGUCCAAGAUCGAGAGGACUGUUACUUUGAAGAUCAACAGAUAUUAUUAGAAUAUCCUCUACCUACUGUAAUGAAUAGUCCCAGAACCUUAGAAAGUUUGGCCAUUUUAGUUUUCUAUGGUAGCCAUGAUUUGUUUUGCCAAAACUCUGCUCCAUGAAUGCUGCUAAGAAACGUUGGAAUCAAAACUAUAUGGAUGGCAACCACAGAAAAAACCUGGUCAAACUUUGUAUAGGCGUGUUUCGGUCAGCCAGCUAAGAAGUCGGGUUGUUUUGAAGGUCCUUCACACAGUGCCCUUCCUUGACCAGCAUCAUGGUAACUUCACUGGGUUUUGCCUAUCCUUUUAAAUACAUCGUGUCACAUUCUGAUGUUUUGAUAUUGUACGAAGUCACUUUGAUAUCCAGUAUCUCCGUGUUUAGGACCAUAUCACCAAGUCUUGUGUCUCAUAUGAAUACUUUUUCAGAAUUGCCACGUAGCACCGGGGAUGCCACAGUUUAGCCUUUGUGAUAACACACACUGAGAUUCCCCAUUCAUCAAAUGGAUCCUAGUGCUUUUCUGAAUAUUUACUGAGUAUUGUAUUCUGAGUCGUUGGAUAGAUGUUCAGUGUCAAAAAAGCAAACUCAUGUUGCAGUAAGACUGCUACAUUAGCAAGAUUGUUCUUUGUCUUGGGUACUGUUGUCUGUUGCUUAGCAACAUGCGUGGAGAACAUAGUUACUGUUUUUAGGACCACCUCUUUGUCGCCAUCCAUGCUUACUAGUAAUAGGGGCAUCCAGUAAUGACUGCCUUAUGUUCUCUCAGUGUGUCGUACUGUAGGUUCAUAGGUAAUGAUGAAUGUUGAAGCCUGUUGGCGAUCACUCUCCCUCUGGGAUGGCAAAUCAUUUUAUUGUGAGACGGAUUAAUCUUACUAAUUUAUAAGUAAAGUGUUUUCUAACUGA